ACCUGUAUGGUGCUCUUUUCCCACCAUCGACGCAUAACGCUUUAACCUUGGACGGAGGGUCGAUGACCGCGGCCUUCUUGAGAUGCUAAGAAAAAAAAAGCACACACAGGAAAGUUUAUGUUAAAAUACCCAAGUCCAAAAGGGUAAAACAAUAACAGAGAUCCCAGACAGACCAUCGCUUGUUAACUGCGUCUCAACCUGUUCCCUUCUUUUCCAAAACCAUCAGUUUCUGGGUUUAGCUUGGCGUUGCAUAUAGCUAUCUUUCUGCUGUGUUUAACUGAUCACCAAGGUCAAGCGAGUCUUCCGAGCGUGUGGUGUGCGCGCACGAAUCAACUCCCGACGCAACACCCAGCAGGGAAGCACUGGUAGCAGUGUACUAAUAUUUUUUUUUCCCUUUUUCACGGUGUUAAAGCUCAAAAAGUGGUUGCUUCCUGCUUGCACGUCUUAAGCCAAUAAACGUUGGGGAAACACAAGUCAACAUAACCGACGCUGCGACGCAGAAUUAUCAUGGAAAAUUAUGUACCGUUUCUUGUAAGCCACUGGCGUACAGUCGGAUUGAUUAGUGUCAGCAUAGCGGCUGGGGUUGCGUUGGGACAACUUAAUCAAACACACGAACGGGCAGCAAACAAAAGUCAACGAGUGCACACGAACAGUUCCAUCAAGACAAAACAAGUGAAACGUGAGUCAGCAAUUGAGCAAAUAAACGAAAUCGAAGACGAUGACGAACAAUCUCUUGAGGAUCAAGAUGUUCUACCAAUCUUAUUCCAAUAUGAGAAACCGAGUGAAGCUGAUUCGAUUAGGAUGUCAGAAGAAUUUUACCGUCGAAUGAAUCAACGUCGUUCUGUACGAGAAAUUAGCUCAGAUCCGGUAGCCUUGGAAGUAAUUGAGAAUAUCAUCAAGACUGGUGGGACCUCGCCAAGCGGAGCGCACACGGAACCAUGGACAUUUGUUGUUGUGAGUAACCUCGAGAUGAAACAACAAAUUAGGCAAAUAAUUGAAGCAGAGGAAGAGAUAAAUUACAAACAGCGGAUGGGCGACGUCUGGGUCCAGGAUUUGCAGCCGGUUGGAACGACCUGGGUGAAAGAGUACCUGACCGAGGCUCCUUGGCUCAUCUUAAUUUUCAAACAGGUUCACGGUUUCAAACGAAACGGACAAAAGAAGAUCCAUUACUACAACGAAAUUAGCGUUUCCAUUGCAACUGGCUUCUUGUUGGCAGCUAUACAAGAAGCUGGAUUGGUAACAGUGACUACUACACCACUCAACUGUGGUCCGAGUAUACGUGUGCUACUCGGUCGUCCAGUAAACGAAAAGUUGCUGUUGUUGCUACCCGUUGGAUACCCAAAAGUUGGAGCUACAGUGCCCGAUUUCAAGCGAAAACCACUUCACGACAUCAUGGUUCAUUACCAGUGAGUUAAAACCCUGUUAAGAUCGGCAAUUAUGUAUUCCCUCUCGACAAACAAUCAUCAUUUUGAGAAGUACACAGGCUCAUUGAAGAGCUCGCUGCCCAGAU